AUGGUGGCCAAGAUUAUCUUCCUCCUCGCUUUGGCGGCCGUCGCCGGAACAAUCCGCGGCAGGACUCUACCUGAAGGAAACGCCGCCGGAGCCGACGUCCAGACGGCGUUUUUUCACCACCAUAUCCCGCCAUACGGCGGAGCUUUCGGUGGAUACGGUGGCGGCUUCGGAGGCAUCGGCGCAGGCUUCGGCGGGAAGCUCGGUAGUGGAGGAUAUUUUGGUGGCAGCGGCGCUAGCGCAAGCUCCGCCGGCGGCGGCGGCGGCGGCAGCAGCAGCAGCGGCACUGGGAAUGGCGCGGCGGAUAACGGCGGCGCUAACGGUGAAGGAGUUCAUAGUGGAUCUCUCCCUUGA